AUGGUGGCUACUAACCUAACCAGCUUGCAGCCUGCCUCCUUCCUUCUGCUGGGCAUGGCAGGCCUGGAGGACCUGCACACCUGGCUCUCCAUCCCCUUCUGCCUGAUGUACAUCGCCACGCUCCUUGGCAACUUUGUCCUCUUAUUUGUCAUUGUGACGGAGAGAAGCCUUCAUGAGCCGAUGUACCUGUUCCUGGCCAUGUUAGCGGUGGCAGAUAUCAUAUUGUCUUCUUCCACAGUGCCCAAAGCCCUGAGCAUAUUCUGGUCCCUUUCCAAGGAGAUGUCUUUCCAUGCCUGCCUUACCCAGAUGUUCUUCACACACUUCAGCUUCAUCGUGGAGUCGACCGUUCUGCUGGCCAUGGCGUUUGACCGGUACGUUGCAAUCUGCAAUCCCCUGCGAUACGCCACAGUGUUCACACACUCAGUGAUAGCCAAGAUAGGGGUGGCUGCAACAGCUAGGAGCUUUUGUGUGAUGUUCCCAACAAUAUUCCUCCUUCAGAGGCUGCUGUACUGCGGACACAGCAUCAUGCCGCACACCUACUGUGAGCACAUGGGCAUUGCCCGGCUGGCCUGCACCGACAUCUCCGUGAACAUCUGGUACGGCUUUGCCACCACCCUUCUGUGCCCAGGGCUGGACGUUGUGCUCAUUGGGGUGUCAUACAGCCUCAUUCUCAGGGCUAUCUUCAGGCUCUCCUCCAAGGAUGCCCAGGUCAAGGCGGUUGGCACCUGCAGCUCUCAUGCCUGUGUUAUAUUGAUGUUCUACACACCAGCAUUUUUCUCAUUUUUCACUCUUCGGUUUGGCCACAAUGUCCCUCACCAUGUUCAUAUCCUGUUGGCCAAUCUCUACGUGCUCCUACCACCCAUGCUAAACCCCAUUGUCUACUCAUUGAAAAACAAACUAAUCAGAGAAAAGGUGUCCCAAAUACUCUUUAGGACUGGGCAAUUGCGGUGA